AGCCGUCAACGAUUCGUGGUUCACCUGUAUAUCGUUUCUAGCUCGCAUGUGAAAUCGGUUUUCAUCGCAGCAUGAAUGCGGACAGACGACUUCUUAUUUCUUGACGAAACCGUUGGUUCUCUCUUCUUUUCGGCCGACGACGAGCGUCGAUAAGCUCUCGGAUGAGAUCUUGCGCGGUCGUGCGCGCGAGUCGUCGACGAAGGCGAGAGAACUGGAACGCGCUGGAUCGGCUCGCCUAACGUCCCCGUCUCGCGGAUGUCGCGCGCGCUCAUGCGAGGAGCCAGGUCCUCUUGAUGCGGAUCGAGUCGCCCGCCAGGAUGGAGCAGAGGUUGUCGAACCCGUCGAGACCGCCGCGUCAGACUCCACCGAGUCACUCGAGGAAGAAUAAGAGACGAUCCGGCCGCAGGAGCAACCCGCUGGACACGUGGCCGAACGCUCCGCAGAACGAUCAGGACGGUGGCCUGGUGGCUGGCGUGGAAUAUCCCCCGCAGAUGCUGUGGCAGUCGACGAGCAUGCCGCAGAAUGUGCCGGGUAACGGGCAACGUCUGUUCACCGCGAUGUCUGAUCCGAGCGUUUGCGGCUACUCGCCGAUGCCAAUGACGUAUGCUAUGCAGCCGGUUUCACUGCCAACGAUGUACAGAAUGUACCAGCCGAUGCCGGUGCCAAAUAUUAGAACCGUCCACAGUAGACAAAGGCAUCAUUAUAACAAGCACUUGGCGAACGUUCGUCCUGGUGCCAAUAAUAAUGUCGCUAAUGGUUAUGGAGAUCUGCAAGAAAAUGGAAUAUUGGAGUCUGCUGUACACAUUGGUCAUCAAAAUGGGGAUUAUACCAGUCUACCGCCCACCGCCAAUAAAGACAGUGGUGUCAAUGGUGAUGAACUUAAUUCGGAGCACAGAAGAUACUCUGAUCCUGGGUUAGGACCUGCUGGGAACUCGGCUCACUCAGACAGCGACGAUUCCGACAGUGUCGAGAGUGGAAGUUCUGUAACGACAAUUAGCCGUAGCAAUAAGCUUGUCCUGUCGCUUAUUGAACAGAUGACAGAGCUAAAGAAAUGUAACAGCCAAUUGUUUAAAGAACUUAGUGAAACUAAGUCGAAUUUAGAAAAUGUAAAAGCAAAAUGGGCGCAAUGUAAACACAGUACUCCUGCAGACUACCAACCUGGAAUGUUAUCAGAACUUGUACGUGAAAUUAGAGAAGCAAAUAGGAAUUGUGAAGAAGGUUUAAUUACAAAAGUCAAAUUUAUGUUGGAAGAAAAAUGUAAUCAACAAGUGAAAGAAGUGGACGAGCUAAAGAAUCAAUUGGCGAAGCUUAUGAAAGAGAAAGAAGAAAGUGACCAACGUGUCGCGAAACUGGAGGAGGAAGUGACGGCGUUGAAGCUGAGCGCAACCAACGAAGACCGCGAGAUCGCAGUCUUCGAGGAGGAGAAUCUGGCGCUGCGACGGGAGCUCCAGGAGGCGCGGGCGUGCAGGACCAUGGCCGAGAACGCAGCAAAGUGCGUAAACUUCGCGGUAUCCAGAUCUGUUACGCCUGUAACUUUCGAUACGCCCUGUAUAACCAGCACCCCCGUGCGUACCGCUCUUACCGAUACUCGCUUCCCGCUCCCCGCCAUCCCACCCGCAUCGCACACAUCAUCAUCAGCCUCUUCCGUUCUACGUUCCCGUUCCGCGGAGGUGGCGGCUUUUCAACCCACCUCCGAGGUGGAUCAGUGUCAAAAUUUCGCGACUGACUCCGAACCCGUGUCCCGCGAGGAGUCGCCGACGAAGGAGAGCGCGUGGAAACGCGCGGAAAUGUUUCUGGCUUCCUGUCACACCACCAUAACUUGCAUGAACGAUGACGUAACAUCGUUCAUCGACAUAAUAGCAAAGCAGGAAUCGGGAGUUAUGGAUAACGGGACUCUUUCCGAAAUUCUGUCUGAGGUAGAUUUGGGUGAUUGCUUGGAGUUCUACGCGAAGGAAGCGCGCGACGUCAUGAGAAACGAUGGUAAAAUAAAAUCGACGACGACCGAGACGGAGAAAAGAACGAAGGUCUUAUUGACCGAUAUCCCAGAAGAAUCUACUGACGAUCAGCUGGGAAUAUAUGACGCGAAGAUGCUAUCGAUGCUGGAAAGAGAUGGAGCAAAUGAUCUCGGAUCAUCUGGAGUCCUCGAGGAAGAGACAGAUCUGCCGGAUAAACUGAACGAUUGCGCGAGCAAAGCGGAGAAGCUGACCAAUCACUCGGAUAAUCACAGUUUCUGGCAGAAACUGUGCAAGUUUCGCAAUCAGCGAGGCAGCUUUAAGAAACCGCGGCGGAAGAAGGGAAAUUCGAGGAAGUUGUUCAGCGAGAGCGACGAGGAUCCAAGCGAGGGCCAGACCAAGAUCCUGAUGGCCGACAUGGUCCCACCGGGCUCCCCCGGGAGCGAUCGCGACACGACGAACGAGGACGGGGAUUGUUUUCCCAAUAACGAUCGCACGAAUCACGGAACAACCAUCACCGACGUGCCGGACGUCGUUGUGAUCGGUGGUGGCUCCAUCGUCCCGAAAGACCUCUGCUCGACGAGAACCCUGACUUCCAGAACCCAAACAGCACCUUCACGUGCCACCUACACCACCGCCUAUAUCUAGGUCAUGCGCGCGUACG